AUGCCCCCGCCACACGAUAGGGGCGCGUCCGCCGCUCCCCGACAACCCGUUCUCAGCCCAGCGGCCGCCAAAGCCAUCGGUCGUACGCCUCUAACUCCCAAGAUCGCUUCCAAGGUCCAGCCUCAGGUCCAGCAGCCCGUCGUCACCCCGCUGGCUCGUCGCCGAAACGAAAAUGCCCCCGUCAUGCAGCCAUUCGGCUCCUCGGCCUACAAGGAUGAAUACGCCAGCCCCGUUUCCGCUUUCCUCAGCAACAACAUCACGCCACGUUCCGGCUCUCGUCAGAGCCGCGUUGACAGUGCUAACAGCACGCCGACCGGCACUCCGAACCACGAUCGUCUCGAUCCCGCCGAUUGGGAGGCAAACAAUGGCAGGUCCGGCGGGGGUAGCGAACAGCAACCACAACCACCACAACCACCACAGCAGCAGCCGCAGCUAAAACGGCAAUUCGUCACCUUCAGCUCGCCCGCAAACCAUCGUACUCCUCCCGAUACUAACACCACCAAUAACAACAAUCACAAGUUCUUCUAUGCCAGUGACGCCAAGGGUUCUCACCACCACCCUGCCCUGUCCCUGUCCAAACCCGCCGCUCCGCAGCAGAGAGGCUCUACUUUCCUCUACGCAAAUCCGAGCGCCGUCCGACGAAACCGGCCAAUGUCGCCGCCCCCCGUAUCCUCCCCGACCUAUGCACCCGUCAUUGCUCCUAUCCACGCCGCCCAGGAACCGCAAACCACAAGCAGCAAGUUCGUCUACGCAAAUGGUCUCCCUGACCUACAACCUGCUUUCCGACCCGGUUCGUCCGCCGGCUCCGCCGUAUCUUCUUCGACUUCCAAGCUCCCUACCCUCCGAACCCCCGCAAGCACACCGGGUGCAGGGUACCCCUUGGCACGACCGACAUCACCCAUCAAACAAAUCCACCAGCCGCCAGCGGUGUCAUCCCGGGGUUCUUCUAUCGCCGGCCAGACGACGCAGACCCGUCCACAACCGCAGCUCGUCGCCAGCCCGCCUUCGCUAGCUCCCACCUCAGCUGCCAAACGGCGUAUCAGCAUCGAGACAUCCCCUCAACCCGCCAGUCAUUCUCGUGAGGGUAGCAUCGGCGCCGGCGACGCCAUGAUCAUGUCCCACUUUAUGGCGUCCCAAGCCUCCCAAGCCGCUCACGCCUCUCAACCGCCUCAAACCUCCCAGGCCUCUUCCGGCGCGUUCUCCCCUGCCGCUCCGCCACCAGCUCCUAACCCUGUCAUGACGAUGGCCUCCAUCAUCCAGGCCACCGAAGACUUUGCCGAAUCGGACGAGUCGAAAGGGCAGAGUGAAUUGCAAAGUCCCACCAAAUCCACCCACUCGACCGACCCCCUCAACGAUCUCGUCGCCAAUGCCCGCCGCGAGCGUAAAGUGCAGGACCUGGAGAUCACGAACGCUUCCCUCGAGGCCAUCAACAGGUCGCUAGAACGCCAGCUCCGCAAGCAAACCGCCGAGCUGCGGCGAUAUCGUCGCCUUUCCCGCGCCGGGCGCAUCUCUUCCCUCGCUUCCAUUGCGUCCAGCCGUAUCCCGUCGAACUCGACCGUCGCCAGUGCCGUCCCCGGCGCGGAACCCGGCCUGGACCUUUCCGAUCUGAGCGAGGAAGAGGAGGAGGAAGAAGAAGAAGAAGAUGAUGACGACGACGACGCAGAUUCUCUUUACGACACGGACCCCUCCGACACCGAAUCCGCCUCGGGUCGGAGCCUCAAAGUCGACCGCCGCCGCCAGCGCGACGAACGCCGCCUGCAGCUCGACCUGACCAAGCACCGCGAGCUCUUGGUCGACAGCCAGAAGAUCAACCAAAGCAUAAAACGCUGCCUUCGCUGGACGGAGGAGCUCAUCAAGGACGGCAAGAAGGCCCUCGAGUACCACGUCCGUGUGAGCGACGUGGACCUGCCGCCUAGGGUUCUCGCGCCGCAGUACGAUGACGAGGAGGAGAACGAGCCCGACCUGGGUGUCAUCAAGGACGACGAUACCCCUGACGGAUACGGCGAGGAGAAAGGAAAAGACGAGAACUUGCAGCGGGGUGAUGUCCUCAUUUAUGACCCAAGUGCCGAUAUCACACCAAAGAUGAAAGAGAAGGACAGCAACUUAGCACCACAGUGGGGGAAGGAUCCGCAGGAUAGGGACAGCGGGAUAGAGCUGCCCAUUGACGGCGGGUGA